UAUCUUCGUCGCUACGGCUACGUCCGCGAGGGGUCUGGCGGUCUUAGAUCGUCAACAGCGUAGCGUCGGCCGGGUCGGAUUCGUCAUUGUGAUUACCCCUUCCUCAAGAAAUUCUCCGAUUUAUUGAGUGUCGAGUUAUAAAUUCGUAAAGAGGAGAAAAUUUUGUAUCAGUUAAGGAAUUAGAAAUGGAAUCGGAGGAUUCAGUGAGAUUAAGAUUGGAGGAAUUGCACAAAGACUUAGGGAAGAAACAGAGAUUCGAGGAAGCAGUUUCCACCAUAAUUUCUCUGCUUCAAGAUCGCUAUCCUACUGCUUCUCCUUCUCUACGCAAAUCGUUUUAUUCCGUAAUUUGCCGAGUUGCGACAGUAUUGAAGACGAGGUUUACGGCCCCAGGGUUCUGGCUUUCUGGUCUCAAGCUUUUUGAAUUUUCCUUGUCUCUGCUCUCUGAGCAUUCUGAGAGACAACACCUACAGGCUUGCGUAGCUCAGGCCAAGGAAAUUCUGCACCAAAUCGACAAUCCAUCUCCGUCUCCAGAAAGUACAUCAAAUGGAGGCUAUCUUUUUGAGGGCCAUCUCACUGUUGAUCCAGAGCCACCCCAGCCGCAGUGGCUGGUGCAAUCAAACCUCUUGACAGCCGCUGCAGCUGCGCUAUCUAAUGCUGAAUCUUCUCAAAGUCCGGCUGAGAACAGCAACACUUCUGAGACUGUUGCUAAUAUUCUUCAAGCGCUUAAUGGAAAUUUUGAUGACGUUAUAGAUGGGAUCAUAAAUUUUGAAACGGAUAGCGGAACACCUAAAGUCCCUCCUGCAAGUAAAGAAGUCGUUGCCAAACUUCCCGUAAUUACUAUAACAGAAGAAGUUCUUGCCAAGCUAGGAAAAGAUGUACAAUGUGCCAUUUGCAGGGAAAACUUGGCUGUUGAUGACAAGAUGCAAGAAUUGCCUUGCAAACACACAUUCCACCCACCUUGUUUGAAGCCAUGGCUGGAUGAGCAUAACUCUUGUCCUAUCUGUCGAUAUGAAUUGCCCACUGAUGACCACAAAUACGAGAGCUGGAAGGAGCGAGAGAAAGAGGCCGAGGAAGAAAGAAAAGGAGCUGCAAAUGCUGUUCGUGGUGGUGAAUUUAUGUAUAUUUGAACGGUAUUGCAAUGCCUUAGCAUCAGGGAGUCAGUUACCAAAUCAUGUAUGAUAAGGGUAUUAUUUUGUACGUGUGAUUUUUCUGGACUUGGAUGUUGAAGCUUCGUUUUUUAGUUAUUCUUUUAUAGUAGAAACUAUGGACAACAGUUUUCAUCUC